AUGGACACAACCGUUGGCCUUCGACGACUUGCUGCGCAGCUCACGGACGACGUUCUCGCGGUGCAAGACAAGACCGAUAUGAUGGAGACGGCCCAGCAACCAUCCGGCCAGGAGCUAAUUGAUCGUGGGGUGCUGGUGAAGCGCAUCGAGCAGAUCGAGCACCAGCUGAGCGACCUCGCAUCGCAAGUCCCGACCACUCCCAAGUCGCCCCUGGACGCCCAAUUCAGCGCCCCGGGCACCCCCCAGGCCGGGGCCGGCAAACCGGUGCCGCUCACCAAGCGGGUGGAGCAGCUCGAGGAGGAGCUCGCGGAAGCCAAGCACAGGCUGGCGGAGCUGGCCCCCCCUCCCAGCGGGUGGGAGCGCCCGGGUGAGCCCGGGGAGCAGGUGCCCGCCCGCGAGCGCCGCCCCGCCAGGCGAGCCCAGCAGGAGGCCGAAGAAGAAGAGGAGGGAGGCGAGGAGGAGCAGGAGCGCGGGGUGCGCGCACAGCGGCGGGGGGCCGCCCCGCGGAAGAAGCCGCUGAGCGAGAGGAUCAAGGGGCCGUUCGAGAGGCUGGAGGAGAAGGUCGAGGAGGCAGUCAAGGCUCCCAAGAAGAAGCAGACACGCCGCAAGGAGGAACAGUACGAGGAGGAAGAGGAAGAGGAGGAGGAGGAGUACGAAGAGGAAGAAGAAGAAGAAGAGGAGUACGAGGAGGCGCCGGCGCCCAAGAAGAAGGUGACGCGCCCGCAGCGGGAGGAGGCGGCGCCCAAGAAGACGACGAUGGGCCGCGCGCGGCGCGAGGAGGAGGAAGAAGCGGCGCCCCGCAAGAAGGCGCCGGCCAAGAAGAAGGCCGCGCGGCCCAGCAGGGAGGAGGAAGAAGAGGGAGAAGAGGAGGAGGAGCAAGAGAGGCAGGCGCCGGCGCGGGCGCGGGCGCCGCAGAAGGGGGCCCCGACGGCCCCGCGCGGCAAGGCGAAGCCCAAGGUGAAGCGCCGAAUCAUCGAAGAGGAGUACGAGGUCGAGGUGCCAGAGGAGGAAAGGGAGGAGGAAGGGGAGGAGGUCGAGGCGAAGCGGGGGGGCGCGAGAGGGGGUAGAGGGCGCCAGCGCCGGGGAGACAGGGGGUGUGCGUUCAUGUGA